CGUGUGUGCGCGCGUGUGAGCAGGGCGCCGGCGGGGCUGCAGCGAGGCACUUCGGAAGAAUGACUCUGGAGUCCAUCAUGGCGUGCUGCCUGAGCGAGGAGGCCAAGGAAGCUCGGAGGAUCAACGACGAGAUCGAGCGGCAGCUGCGCAGGGACAAGCGCGACGCCCGUCGGGAGCUCAAGCUGCUGCUGCUGGGGACAGGGGAGAGUGGCAAGAGCACCUUCAUCAAGCAGAUGAGGAUCAUCCAUGGGUCGGGAUACUCUGAUGAAGACAAGAGGGGCUUUACCAAACUGGUGUAUCAGAACAUCUUCACAGCCAUGCAGGCCAUGAUCAGAGCUAUGGACACUCUCAAGAUCCCAUACAAGUAUGAACACAAUAAGGCUCAUGCACAGUUGGUUCGAGAGGUUGAUGUGGAGAAGGUAUCUGCUUUUGAGAAUCCUUAUGUGGAUGCAAUAAAGAGCUUGUGGAACGAUCCUGGAAUCCAGGAGUGCUACGAUAGACGACGGGAAUAUCAGUUAUCUGACUCUACCAAAUACUAUUUGAAUGACUUGGACCGUGUAGCCGACCCUUCCUAUCUGCCUACACAACAAGAUGUGCUUAGAGUUCGAGUCCCCACCACAGGGAUCAUCGAAUACCCCUUUGACUUACAAAGUGUCAUUUUCAGAAUGGUCGAUGUAGGGGGCCAAAGGUCAGAGAGAAGAAAAUGGAUACACUGCUUUGAAAAUGUCACCUCGAUCAUGUUUCUAGUAGCGCUUAGCGAAUAUGAUCAAGUUCUUGUGGAGUCAGACAAUGAGAACCGAAUGGAGGAGAGCAAAGCACUCUUUAGAACAAUUAUAACAUACCCCUGGUUCCAGAACUCCUCUGUGAUUCUGUUCUUAAACAAGAAGGAUCUUCUAGAGGAGAAAAUUAUGUAUUCCCACCUAGUCGACUACUUCCCAGAAUAUGAUGGACCCCAGAGAGAUGCCCAGGCAGCUCGAGAAUUCAUUCUGAAGAUGUUCGUGGACCUGAACCCCGACAGUGACAAAAUCAUCUACUCCCAUUUCACGUGCGCCACAGAUACCGAGAACAUCCGCUUCGUCUUUGCUGCCGUCAAGGACACCAUCCUGCAGCUGAACCUGAAGGAGUACAAUCUGGUCUAACCGUGCCUCCCAGAAACCAUUCUUCCCUUCCCUGUGGGCUGUUGAAGAUAAACAAGAGGGACUGUAUUUCUGUGGAAAACAAUUUGCAUAAUACUAAUUUAUUGCCGUCCUGGACUCUGUGAGCGCGUCCACAGAGCUGUAGUAAAUAUUAUGAUUUUAUUUAAACUAUUCAGAGGAAACAGGAUGCUGAAGUACAGUCCCAGCACAUUUCCUCCUUUUUUUAGGCAAACCUUGACUCGUAUUUUAAAUUUUCAGUCAUUCACUCACAGUAUAAAAGCACUCCUGUCCUUUGUGUUUUCUCUCUCUCUCUCUCUCUCUCUCUCCCUCUCUCCCUCUCUCCCUCUCUCCCUCUCUCCCUCUCUCCCUCUCUCCCUCUCUCUCUCCCCCUUUCCUUCUUCCUCCUCCCCUUUCCUGUUGACCAAAACCAAGCUAAUUUUCUUCUUCCUGCUCCUUAUCUCCCUGCUGACUUCAUUUUCCCUCACUACCAUGGCCUUUACCCUAACUCCAUCCUUGGGCAGUUUCUCUGAGUGACGCGGUCGGGACGGUGUCAUUUAGUUGAAGCUGCCUUCCAUCAGCUUCCUUUACCAGUGGCUCUGCUGAAGGCAGGCGCAUAUGUAUUACCACUAUGGUUUUAAAUGUAUCUCUGGAUGCACAUCACAUCUAGUAUUUCUUUUCCAAUACAUACAUACAUACAUACAUACAUACAUACAUACAUACAUACAUACAUAUAUAUAUAUGUUUGAUAUAUAUAUUGUCUUGUCUCACUUGGACUAGAACAGUGGGUGCCCAUUGAUGGUUAAGAGUCAAAUCUUCUGGGUGCAGACCUUCAGCCACAGCCGGAUUGUUCAGAGAAAUGCAUGGAAGUCAGGGUGUGAGGGCACAGGCUGUGAAGAAGUCCUUGCUUCUCCGGUCCGUGUGCCACGUCCUUCCGCUCUUCCUUGCUUCCGUUUAUUUCUCUUUAGGUUUUCCGCCCUCUUUAAACCACAGAUGCCAAAUGAUAUGCCAACAGACACUACAUUCCCCAGCAGCUGCUGCCAGAGCGCUCUUGUAGCUUCUUCAUUUUCUGUUUGUUUCCAGCUUUCCUUCACUCUGAUCCUCUUUUGUGUUUGGGCCAUAAUUUUAAAAUAAUUUUUAUUAUGGGUAUGUGUUGCCAAAGCCAGAUUUUUAUAAGGCAAAAUAAAUUAAGAAUUUAAACAGUAAAAGCCAGCGUCUCAAAAUGUCAGCAUUAAGACAGUGAGAGAGACGACAGCUGGGUGUGAACCGGAAACACACAUUGCCAAACAGUUGCUAACCGAGCUGCUGCUUCUCACAGUCCGUUCUUUUCUUUGCCCUUAAGGUCAGUGCCAGUGUCCAGAGGAGCAGUGUAGAAAAGUACCCUGUGUGGUUUGUCAGGAGAGCUGCUUGCAUCUCUUUACUGGCGCUAGUUUUAUUAACUCUUUAUGUUCUUUAAGUUUGAGUAAAUCUGCCAAGAACACUGGUUGAUAGUAUUAUCCUGAAACCUUUGAUUUGGGGGGGGUUGGGGAAUAGUGAGCUGUCUUUACCACCAUCAGGAUCUUGAAUUGGUCGCUUGAACUUAAGGAAGAUUUGUGGGCUUAUUCAAAAGUCACCAGUCAGUGUUCUGUCAAGCAUGUAUUCUUGUGGUGAUCAUACUAGGAGAGAUGUUUGGAAUUUCUCCAUGUGCAAUUUGUCAGCAGAUGCAAACUGUGCCGAACACAUAUGAGUGAGCCUGUCGAGCAGCCUGCAUCAGUAUGUGAUUUAAGUAGAUGGUGGGCACUCUAAGGCUGCUGGGAAGUUAGACCUCCAUGCUGGUCUCAUUAGCGCUUGGCACUAAUCUCAACUUCCAUAUAAAUCACUUUUCUUAAAUAACAAAGCUGGGAGAGUGAACAGCUCACUGUAUGAGCACUGAAAUUGCUGACUUGUGAUGACGUGUUCUCAUGCGUUGCUCUCCCAGCUUUUUUAUCCCUUGCUCUAGAAAGCCCCUGUAAUUUAAUUAACAGACUUCCUGUAGGUAUAGUGCAAUUAUGAAUGCUCUGAUUGUUGUACAUACAUCUCUCUUGAUAUUGCAACAUCCAUACUGGCUUUGUAAUCAUUAAUUUUUUGGCAGAUUGAAUGUGCUGUAUUGAUAUGUAUCUAUGUAAUUGUAUUGUAUGUCUUAUAGCUAAUUCACAUUUGAUAAUGUUAUUUUAUUUACUUUUUUAAGAGAGGAGAAUGUAAAUUUGUCAGUUUAUUUCUGACUAGGGAUAUUUUUUUCCAUUUAGAAAAGAAGAAAAAAAAAAAACCCUUACUAUCGUACAGAGCGGUACUAGCAUCGUGCUGUCUAAAUCAUUUGCACAUUCCUGAGUAGAGGUGUGCUGACCUAAGACCCAAAGGUAAUUUCAUAGCGAACACAACAUCCGUCAGAGCUUUUAUACAAACACAGAGACCAACUUUGUAGACCUUUUGCCAUUUGACCUGGGGUUGGAAUAUGAGCUUUUAUACGAUUCAUAUUCUUAUUUGGCAAAUGCACAGUUUAGCAUUACCUCUCUGGUGGCCUUUAUUAGAAAGGCAGUUUUAGAAGCUAUUGUGAUCCACUAAGGAGAUGUUUUAUCAGCUAGAGACCACUGCUUGCCUGAAAGGGCAACCUUAAAUUUGGUGCAGCAAAAAAACAAAAACAAAACAAAAACAAAAAACAAAAAACAAAAAAAAACACAAAAAGACAAAAAAAGAAGAAAAAAAGUAACAUUUGAUGGCCUGCAGUGUAUAGAGAAAGCCUCAUCCCAGGAUCAUGAGUGUUUAACAGUCCUAAGAAACCGAGCUGUUCUGUCUAAUAGAGCUGUAGUGGAUGUAGUUGAGCCAUACUGAUACCAAGCUCAGAGCUGCUGAGUAAAGCAGGGAGAGGUGGCCACACUGUCUUUAUGAAUUGAGGAUGCAGCUUGCUGUGCAGAGUUGAAGUCUGUGGCCUCACUGCGCAUCCUGGGGUGCAUGAUAGGAUCCCUUCUUUUGAGAAAGGAAAACAUUGAUCACCCUAGCUGCAGUGAUACCUGGACACCUAAUUGUAUCCACACUAGUCAAUGAAGCUAAAACUAAUUUUGUUGUUGUUUCUCGUUUGGGGUUUUAUUGAAGGGGUGAGGGGCGGGAAGGGCUUCUCAGUUUUGUACAAAAACAAAGUUUACUCAUGCUUUCUCUUCUAUUGUGAUUGCAAGCGUUCCUGUUGUCGAUGCUCUAGGUAAUGGAGGCUUGUGAUGAGCGUUAUGGUGACUUGGGCAUGUCUUAUUCAGAAGCAAAACACAGACCACAGAAACCUUUCCUCAGCAUACCAAGGCAAGCAGCCAUCUCACGAGUCACUCAGCACAUGAGUGUGCCGUUUACAGAUGAUGUCUCCCUUUUGUGUGUCAUGCGGCAGUUCCCACCCACAGAGAAUUCCUAUUUGUAAAUUGGAGGUUUAUACUAUGCCUUACAGAGCUUAAAUUCAGAAGUCUGUGCCUCGUGUCUGAAACAAAGGGAAAACACACGCCCAUGAAAAGUCAGUAAGUCUUACAGAGCCUGUUGGGUUUUCCUUAUCGUUUCCUUAGGAAGAGCUCUGUUGAGUGUCCUGCGUAGCUGAGAAACUCUUCUUAGGAACCUGCCUAUGGUGUUCACUGGCAGGUGACAUCCACAGCGAUAUUUAAAGAACACCUGGAACUUGGGGGCUUGGGGGUUUGGUUUUGUUUUGUUUUGUUUAGAUUACAUUAGCAGGCCUAAUCGUUUUAAAAGGUAAUUCAGCCAAAGGGCAAUUUACUUUUUGUACUUCAGACUUAUAUUGAUUGUCAAGUUGUACGAGUUGUAAUUUAAAAAUUUAUACUGCCACAUGAUUGUAAAUUUUAGUUGUCUUACAUAGGAAUUGGUGAAAAGCUGUUUAUGCUGGAUUUGGGUCAAAGUGACUUGAUUAUUUGCAAAAAAUAAAAAUAAUAAUGGGAAGAAAGGGCUGCAUAACAAGACACCGCAAGACUCAGAUCCCCUCAGAUGGCCCCCAGCGCCCUUUGUUUUCAGUUUCUCAAAAGAACGAAUGAAGUGAAAUAUAGCAGAAUGUUAACCCAUAUAAAAAUAAAGUGUACCCAAAUAUUGUAAUGUAUAUUGCUGCUCUUCUUAAAAUUAAGUAAGGGUUUCAAGCCACUCAAGUGGUAAUUAACAGCAUCUCAACUGAUACAAAUAAGGUGUACCUGGGCAUACAUUAAUAUUUUAUUCCAAAGAGAAAUCUUUGGUUAGAAAUGCAUACAAAAAUGGAAGCUAAUAAUGUGAGUUUAUCUGUCUCCCUCCACACACUUCCAGCAUAUGCAGCGUUACUAGAUGUCCUGGCACUUGUUUCUUUGGGAUUCUAUUUUGGUUCUCAACAAUUAGGAGAAGCAAAUGGCUUGGUUCGGUGUGAUUAGGCCAAGAUUUGGGGAGCCAGACACCUGCCAUUCCACAGAUAACUUGCUGAACGUCUACACUCUGUUUUUCCUGCAGUAGUACUGUUUCCUGCCAUCUCCCUGCUUCUGCCACCCUGCAAUAGCAUUCUUGCCUCUAGAAUUGUCUAUCCAGAGGAUGCAUGCACACCUGAUGCACAGUAGGUGCUCAGAUAGGUCCUCUCACCUCCCAUAUCUACCAUGGAGACUCCAUCCACUCCAUAAAAUUUGAACCCAAUGAUGAAUAACAUUUACAUGUAAAAAAAAAAAAUAAACAGCCACUAGGUAAAAUCUGAUCUUACUUAGAUAAAGGAAUUCUGGCUUUCAUAGAAGCUUUGGUAGUCAGGAAGAAAACAGGGAGGAAGAUCAUUCAGCAAGCUGUUUGUGGGUUAGAAAAGAAAGUGGAAAAACACUAUGUAAGUUUGUCCGGGUCACUUUCACUGAAACAUGUUUCUGGCAGAUUUCCUCAAAGGACUCUAACCGAAGCCUCUUGCCAGACUCUGCAUCCACCCUCGUGUUGGAAGCCCUGACUACAUCUGUGUAUUUAGGGAGUUUUGUCAAAAACAUUUUUAACUUGCAGUAUUUAAAAAAAAAUCAUAUUUACUGUUCUUAAAAUGUCAUUCAAAUGCAUGUAUUGUCUAUUGUUUGGGGAUGGGAACUAGUUUUUCAAAAAAAAAAAAAAAAACACCUAAUGUUGUAUAAUAAUGCCCCGAUGAUCUUACUGGUUAAAAAUACAGUAUUUUCGGCCAUAA